AUGAAAUGUCCUAAUCCAAAACAUACUAAAAAUGUUAAAUACGUAUGUUUUGAUGAUACUUGUAAAGAAUAGAGAUUAUAUUGUCAUGAAUGUAUAAAAAUUGGAAUGCAUGUUACUCAUCUUUAACAUUAAGAAGAGUUACAAUCUUUAUUUGAACAUAUUUCAACAAUUGAAAAAGAAUCUGAUGAUUUAAUAAAUACAAUCAAUAAAUAAAUGGAUUUAAUUUAAAAUGAUUUCUUUUUAUUAAUUGGAGGAAUUAGAACUAAAUAUCAGAUAUCUAAGUAAUUACCCAAUUUAAAUUCUCAAUAAAUUAAUUCUUUCUUAACAUAAAGUAUCCAUUUCAAAUAAUUUUAAUUAAUUUUUGAAAAUUUGUUAUAACAAUUCAUAAAGGAAUUUUAAGAUUAAAUAAAGAAAUUACAGAAUGAUUUAAAUUUAUUUGCAUUAGAUUAUUAUCAAAUAUCUAAACCAAAUAUAGAAAAAUCAGAAGAAUUGUAUAAAAUAGGUAAUUAAAUUAAUGAUUUAGGAUAUAAGUUAUAUUGGAAUGAUGACAAAUAUGAUGAGGCUAUUAAAAUAUUUGAUUAAGCAUUGAAUUUUAAUCCAAAACAUUAAUUAUCAUUAUCUACUAAAGGUAUGAUUAAAUUUGAAUGUAUUAGCUGAGAGUUUAAGGAAUCUUGGUUAAUAUAAUGAAGCUAUCAUUUGGGCUGAUAAAGCUUUGUAAGCAGAUCCAAAGCAUUGUAGAUCAUUAUUUACUAAAGGUAUGAUUAAAUUUGAAUGUAUUAGCUGAGAGUUUAAGGAAGCUUGGUUAAUAUAAUGAAGCUAUAUUUGGGCUGAUAAAGCUUUGUAAGUAGAUCCAAAGUGUUGUAAUUCAUUAUUUAUUAAAGGUAUGAAUAACUUUUUAAAUUAAAGGUAACUCUUUAAGAUAAUUGAAAAAAUUUAAGGAAGCUAUGGAAGUGAUUGAAUAAUCUCUAAUAAUUAAUCCAAAUCAUUUUAAUUCAUUAAGGAUAAAAGGUAAUAUUAUGAUAUAAUUAAUAGGUUAAUGCUUACAUGAUCAGAAAUAAUAUUUAUAGGCUUUAAUAUUUUAUGAUAAAGCUUUAGAAAUUGAUUCUAAUCAUAAAUGGACUAAAAAAAGAAAAAGUAUUGUAUUUCUUAACAUUAGAUGAAUGUUUAGAAGCCAUACAAACACAAUGA